ACCGGAGCUAUAUAUACUCAUCGCCAAGUUGUUGGUUAGAUCAAUCACAAUUUUGAGCAGACUAAUCUGAGUGAGGCGAAGUUACUAGAAACACUUCAUAGCUAUGAGGAAGUGGACGAUCCCUUCCGUUCUGCUACUGCUGUGCCUUCUCUCUCUUCUCCCGGAUCAAGGAAGGAAAUUACAGGCGAAUGCAGAAGCGAACUCCGACGAGCUUGUAGAUCCGCCGAAGGUUGAGGAGAAGAUCGGCGCCGUUCCGAAUGGGCUUUCCACCGAUUCUGAUGUCGCUAAGAGAGAGGCGGAGUCAAUGUCAAAGAGACGUGGCAACGCUCAACAGUUUGAGUUUCAGGCUGAGGUGUCUAGGCUCAUGGAUAUUAUUAUCCACUCGCUUUAUAGUAACAAGGACAUUUUCCUCAGGGAGUUGAUUUCCAAUGCCUCUGAUGCGUUGGACAAGAUUAGAUUCCUUUCCCUCACAGAUAAGGAAAUCUUGGGUGAAGGUGAUAACACUAAGCUCGAAAUCCAGAUUAAGUUAGACAAAGAGAAGAGAAUCCUCUCUAUUCGUGACCGAGGUAUAGGUAUGACAAAGGAGGACUUGAUCAAGAACUUGGGAACUAUAGCAAAAUCUGGAACUUCAGCGUUUGUUGAGAAGAUGCAAACAAGUGGUGAUCUUAAUCUCAUUGGACAAUUUGGAGUUGGGUUUUACUCCGUCUACCUUGUUGCUGAUAAUGUCGAAGUUAUUAGCAAACACAAUGAUGACAAACAGCAUGUUUGGGAGUCCAAGGCUGAUGGCUCAUUUGUAGUUUCCGAGGAUACAUUUAAUGAACCACUAGGACGUGGUACUGAAAUUAGAUUGCAUAUUAGAGAAGAAGCAGGGGAAUAUUUGGAAGAGAGCAAGCUAAAAGACUUGGUGAAGAGAUAUUCUGAAUUUAUCAACUUCCCCAUCUAUAUCUGGUCUACCAAAGAGGUUGAUGUGGAAGUCCCUGCUGAUGAGGAAGAAGAGGAAUCAUCUGAAAGCACCCCCUCUGAGGAAGAAACUGAAGAGGACGCUGAGAAAAAUGAAGAUGAAGAUGCUGAGAAGAAACCAAAGACAAAGACGGUAAAGGAAACAAGUCAAGAGUGGGAGCUUCUAAAUGAUGUUAAAGCAAUAUGGUUGCGCAAUCCUAAGGAGGUGACCGAAGAAGAGUACGCCAAAUUUUAUCAGACCCUUGCCAAGGAUUUCAGUGAGGAAAAGCCUUUGUCAUGGAGCCACUUUACCGCUGAAGGUGAUGUAGAAUUCAAGGCUGUCUUGUUUGUUCCCCCUAAGGCUCCUCAUGAUCUAUAUGAGAGCUACUAUAAUGCCAACAAAUCCAAUUUGAAGUUGUAUGUGCGAAGAGUCUUCAUAUCAGAUGAAUUUGAUGAGCUUUUGCCAAAGUAUCUGAGCUUUUUGAAGGGUCUUGUUGACUCUGACACCUUGCCACUCAAUGUAUCACGUGAAAUGCUUCAAGCACACAGCAGUUUAAAAACAAUCAAGAAAAAGCUUAUCCGGAAAGCCCUUGAUAUGAUCCGUAAACUUGCUGAAGAAGAUCCUGAUGAGUCCAAUGACAAGGCCAAGAAAGAUGUUGAGAAGUCCGAUGAUGAUGAUGAGAAGAGAGGCCAAUAUACAAGAUUCUGGAAUGAAUUUGGCAAGUCUAUUAAACUUGGUAUUAUUGAAGAUGCGGCCAACAGAAACCGUUUGGCAAAACUUUUAAGAUUUGAAAGUACCAAGUCAGAUGGCAAACUGACUUCACUGGAUCAGUACAUUUCAAGGAUGAAAUCUGGGCAGAAGGACAUAUUCUAUCUUACUGGAACCAGCAAGGAACAAUUGGAUAAUUCUCCUUUCCUUGAGCGACUAAAGAAGAAAGGAUACGAGGUUAUCUUUUUCACCGAUCCAGUUGAUGAGUAUUUGAUGCAAUACUUGAUGGACUAUGAAGACAAGAAAUUCCAGAAUGUCUCAAAGGAGGGUUUGAAACUCGGAAAAGACUCAAAAGAUAAGGAACUCAAGGAAUCAUACAAGGAACUCACCAAAUGGUGGAAGGGUGCUCUUGCCAGUGACAAUGUCGAUGAUGUGAAGCUUUCCAACCGAUUGGCUGACACACCAUGCGUGGUUGUUACUUCAAAGUUUGGAUGGAGUGCAAACAUGGAGAAGAUCAUGCAAUCUCAGACUUUGUCAGAUUCUGCCAAGCAAGCAUACAUGCGCGGCAAGAGGGUACUUGAGAUUAACCCAAGGCACCCAAUCAUCAAGGAGCUCAGGGAGAGAGUAGUAAAGAACCCUGAGGACGAGAGUGUGAAGCAUACAGCACAGCUUAUCUACCAGACUGCACUCAUGGAGAGUGGCUUUGUACUUCCUGACCCGAAGGAUUUUGCUUCCCGCAUCUACAGUUCAGUGAAGUCUAGCCUAAACAUCAACCCUGACGCAACAGUUGAGGAGGAAGAUGAUACUGAAGAUCCGGCUGAGGCUGAGGCUGAAACUCCUGCAAACGAAGCUACCCCUGAGGCUGAAGCUGCUAAUGCAGAUUCACUGAAGGACGAGUUGUAGGUUUCUUAAUACUUUUACCCCUAAUGAGCUUUAUGGCCUUUCAUGGUUCACCAGCCUUUAGAGAAGCGGAAAUCACUUUCAUUGCUCAAUUUGAUUCCGUUUUGUUGAAGUUUAAGACUUU